UCUGGAUUUGAGCACGUAGGAGGGCUUCUGAGGUGGAGUUGGCGAUGGAUCUGGAGUCGCGAUUGUCCGCAAGACUAGCGCGCGACGUGCGACGUGCUGCAAUGACGAUCCCUCCCGGAGGUCGCAUGCGGGCGCGCACGGUCCCCUGACAAGGCCGCCGCGGCGCAUAUGCUUGCGACCACAACAACGACAAUCUAGUUCAGAAGCGCGCGCGCAUCCAGAGGCAGCAACUCUUGACCCACCGUUCCAAAUCAACUCCCUUCCUCUAAAUCAACAAGAAAGCAACACACGAGCUACCUCUCACGCUAAGCCACCUAGGCACUCCCACAAUCAUGACCGCUCUCUUCAACUUCCAAUCCCUCCUCCUCGUCAUCCUCCUCACAAUCUGCACCGCUACCUACGCGCACGCCACGUUCCCUACUUUUCUCGAUUCAAGAAAGGACUCGUACUACAUCAGCCCCGUGUGGAAGGCUGCCAGGAUCGGUGAGAGGCUGAGUCCGUAUGUCAGUCUGGCGUGCGUGGUCAUGGCUGUAUUGCAAUUUAUGAGUUGAGCGGCGUUGUACAGGGGACAUUGGGGGACACGCGCAGGGAGACAAAAGGAUGGUUAGAAGGCGAGACCUCCACGGUUCUCUCUGUCUACUUCCUUUCCUCCACCUCUUUUUAC